CUCCAUAGCUCUGAAGCUCCUCCCUGUCCUACCCUCUGAAACUCUGUCACAGCCUUUCCCUCUCACUCGACCCUGCUCCAUAUGCUCUCUAUGCUCAUCUUCUCUUCAUAGCCUCGGCUCUCACCUUCCUCCAUGGAUCCGCGCUAAAUGCAUUGCGAGUCUACAAAUUUGUAGCAUUUCUUCCUGUUCCAUCUGCCGCAAGAUGUAAGCAGGGUAUCACUUGACACCAGGUGGCCCUUCUUCAGAAUAUACCCUCAGAUCUUGUCUGAGAAAAGGGAAGCCCUUUUUGGUCGAAGAAAUGAAGGAGAGCUUCGUGCCCCUACGAGGCAUCAAGAACGACCUCCAUGGGAGGCUCGCGUGCUACAAGCAGGAUUGGACCGGAGGGUUCCGUGUUGGUAUCAGGAUCCUGGCGCCGACCACUUACAUAUUCUUCGCGUCCGCGAUACCGGUGAUAUCGUUCGGAGAGCAAUUGGAGAGAAACACUGAUGGAGUUCUCACAGCAGUGCAGACGUUGGCAUCCACUGCCCUGUGUGGCAUAAUCCACUCUAUCGUGGGAGGACAGCCCCUGCUGAUCCUGGGCGUCGCCGAGCCGACGGUCCUCAUGUACACAUUCAUGUUCAACUUUGCCAAGGACAGGCCUGACCUCGGCCGAAAUCUGUUCCUCGCUUGGACCGGUUGGGUUUGUGUAUGGACUGCAGUCCUGCUGUUCUUUCUGGCGAUACUUGGCGCGUGUUCGUUCAUCAACCGGUUCACACGUGUCGCUGGCGAGCUGUUUGGACUUCUGAUUGCAAUGCUCUUCAUGCAGCAGGCUAUCAAGGGGCUUGUUGAUGAGUUCAGCAUUCCUGAGAGAGAAAACAGAAGGGCGCUAGAGUUUAUACCAUCAUGGCGCUUCGCUAAUGGAGUGUUUGCAAUUGUCUUGUCGUUUGGCCUUUUACUCACCGCCCUGAGGAGCAGGAAGGCGCGAUCAUGGCGCUAUGGAGCAGGAUGGCUCCGUGGCUUCGUCGCCGACUAUGGUGUUCCACUGAUGGUGCUAGUAUGGACAGGAGUUUCGUACAUACCAUAUGGAAGUGUACCAAAAGGAAUUCCACGGCGCCUUUUCAGCCCUAAUCCAUGGUCUCCUGGUGCAUAUGACAAUUGGACAGUCAUCAAGGAUAUGACAAAUGUCCCACUCCUUUACAUCAUUGGCUCCUUCCUACCGGCUACGAUGAUUGCUGUUCUGUACUACUUUGAUCAUAGUGUUGCAUCUCAGCUUGCUCAGCAGAAAGAGUUCAAUUUGAGGAAGCCUCCUUCUUUCCACUAUGAUUUGCUUCUCUUAGGCUUCCUGACUUUACUGUGUGGCCUUAUUGGUAUCCCUCCAUCAAAUGGUGUCAUUCCACAGUCACCGAUGCAUACAAAGAGCUUGGCUACUCUCAAGCAUCAGCUGCUCCGUAACCGACUAGUAGCCACGGCACGGAAGAGCAUGAGCCAAAAUGCGAGCUUGAGCCAACUGUAUGGCAGCAUGCAGGAUGCUUAUCAUCAGAUGCAGACACCACUGAUUUACCAGCAACAGUCCGUCAAAGGCUUAAAUGAGCUUAAUAACUCAACAGUCCAGCUAGCUUCUAGUAUGGGUAACAUUGAUGCGCCAGUUGAUGAGACAGUCUUUGACAUAGAGAAAGAAAUUGAUGGUCUGCUGCCCAUCGAGGUCAAGGAGCAGCGCUUGAGCAACUUGCUACAGGCUUCCAUGGUGGGGGGUUGCGUCGCUGCUAUGCCACUCCUCAAGAAGAUCCCCACAUCUGUCCUCUGGGGCUAUUUUGCCUUCAUGGCCAUUGAGAGCUUGCCUGGUAACCAGUUUUGGGAGAGGAUCUUGCUGCUCUUCACUGCUCCCAGCAGAAGAUACAAGGUGCUAGAAGAGUAUCACACCACGUUUGUCGAGACCGUGCCAUUCAAGACAAUAGCCAUGUUCACACUCUUCCAGACAAUGUAUCUGCUGGUCUGCUUCGGGAUCACAUGGAUCCCAAUAGCCGGAGUUCUUUUCCCCCUCAUGAUCAUGCUCCUGGUUCCGGUCAGGCAGUACAUCCUCCCCAAGCUCUUCAAAGGUGCACAUCUAAGUGACCUGGACGCAGCUGAGUAUGAGGAAUCACUGGCUAUACCGUUCAGCCUUGCAGCGCAAGAUAUCGACAUCGCAUUGGGACAUGCCCAGAGUGCGGAGAUUCUAGAUGACAUGGUCACAAGAAGCCGUGGUGAGAUCAAGCGCCUGAACAGCCCCAAGAUCACCAGCUCAGGUGGCACACCUGUGGCAGAACUGAAAGGCAUCCGCAGCCCAUCUAUUUCUGAAAAAGCGUACAGCCCUCGCCUCACUGAGCUCAGGCAUGAGCACAGUCCUCUAGGAGGGAGAAGCAGCCCUAGGACUGGCGAGACCCAGCCAUCCAAGUUGGGCGAAUGCUCGACACCAAAGUGAAAAAGAAAAGUAAUGUUGCAGUGCUAAUAUAAGCUAUGGAACUACCGGAAAUCUACUAUAUGAAUGAUUUCAGUAUUAGGCUUUUCAAAAAAAGAAUGGUUUCAGUAUUUGGGUAUGUCCUCUGAUGAAGUAUGAUUAGAUUGCUUAUGCAUAUCUCUAGCCUACUUAUCUUUCUUCUUGUGUUCUCCUGAUUUAAGGGAGCACCAUAUGUGUAUAAUCUCUGAACUAGCAGAAUAUCAGAGUAACUACAUGGAAAUUCCCAAGUUUCACUAGAAGAUUAUCAUUCGUUUAUUAU